AUGUCAGAUCACAGAAUCAUGGCUUCUGAGAUUUUCGUGCUUAACUUCACCGUGCGAGACCUGCUUCUGUCCAACCACUCCCAAGCCUAUCGCCUUGACAUCUCUCUGGUUUAUCCGGUAUCAAUAGGGAAUAUUCCUCUCCUCUACCAUGGCGCAACAAGUUUCAAAAUGGAAGAGAAAAUGGAAGAGCAAAUGGCCAGCAUCUUAACAAACUUCACUGCGGGUAUGAAAGAAGUUGUAGUCCUCCAGACACAGACGAGAAUCCAUCUGGAAGCUCUCGAGGCCUUCGAAGCCCAGGCGCGUACACGACCCCGGUCACCACGCCGUCCAGCCCCUGUUCCGCUUUCUGAAGUCAAUGGUACAUCGCCUUCUACAAGCCCCGAAGGCCCACGCAACACGCUUGUCUCGACGGAGGUGAUCACGAGGGAUGCGGCGAGUAGAUCUCGCACAAAGGCCGUGGCUGUAGUAGCCUGCUCUUCGGGACCAAGACUCUCAACAUCUCGAGAUCAACCUACGGAGCAAUACUUCCCGGAUCAGAACCAUACGCAAGAGCUCUCUAGCAUGUUGAAUGCAUCUACCGUUACUGUCGGGAGUCAUCCUCAAUCUCCCCGCUCUUCGGCCGGAGCUGAACUUGGGCUUAGGAACAACAUCGGUGUUGAUGUCAGUAUGCCCGAUGCUGGUGGCGACUCUUCUAGAAGUGGAGGGAAACCCACAUUUGAUAAAGGCAAAAGGACCACAUUCAAUAACGAGGGGAACGUCGGAUUCAAGACUGGAGAAAGCUCUCAGUCUAACGGACAUCUGGACAGAGUACACAGGUCGCAGGACGGAGGUCGCCGCAUUGCUGGAGGAGUGCGAGCUAGUACUGCUCGACCACAACAGUAUCCUGUACCUCCUACUUCUCCCACUGCUAUUCCUGGCGGUCCUCGACCACAGGGUUGUCAAACCAUCGAAGGAUCCACGACGCAAGAGACCGCUUCUGGUCAACGGGAGGGUCACAAUGCGCAACUAGGCAAUCUCUUGGAUGCCUUUGUGGGGACGUGGCUUGUACGAUGUAUCACAACUAGUGUUUUCACAAUUAUUUGUAUGUUCAAUAGUGGUCAGGUAGACAAGGUUACCUCUGGGUCCCGGUUUCCUUGGCUGGUCCAGUCGUGCGAUCUUUCGAAAAAGGUUGGCAACUUUGAGUUCCUCCGUCUGCGUGUGCAACAAGAAUACCAAAUUCGCCUGCCAGAAGUCCGACUUGAGAUAUGGCCGGCAAGAGUCCGUCACACAAAUUUCCAGCUGAGGGCUAUAUGGAAGUAUUGCAAUGAACGUUGCUGGAAAUUGGCUCCAUACGCCUUCAACGCAGACAAAAGACCUUAUGAAGAGUUCAAGUGGGUUGUAUAUCCGACAAGCGCUCGGUCUAGGGGCGACGCAGCCCGUAACAUCGCAGAGCAGCCAGAUCCAGGAUUGCCUUCUGCUGCCAACCCUGUCAACCAAACGGGAUGGCCAGACAACCUUCCACCGCCAAAUGCGCCUGAAGGACCUAACGGUGGUUUGCGUAAGCCGCUUCCUCAUCCGUCUGAUGGUUCUCGUCCAGUACCCGAUGGUCCAGCCGCUGCAUCAGGAUCCGAAAGUUCUGCCAACCAUACUCUUCAACCAGUCCCUGCUCCUGCUGCACAUAUGACAGUUCCUAGUGGACUGUCUAGAACUAAAGGUAAAGCCCCUAUUCGCUUUGGAGAAGCUUCCUUCGGUCCAGCACCUCGAGCAUCACCACCUCAACAACCAAAGGCUGUAGACACCCGCUUAUCCGGCAUACCUCUUUCUGUGUCGAACGCUCUAUGCGCUACCGGUACGGUACAUCCAUCGCGAACAACUCUCAUCGACACCACUAGCACUCGCAAUGCUGUCACUCAAACGCAUGCCCCUAAAUCGGGUCCAUCACAAGCCCCGAAAAGAAUGCCUAUCCGCUUAAGCAUUCCAGUUGAUAGCGUAAGGCCUUCGCAGUCUGAGACUGGACGAGUCGGACAGCAGACACCAUUGUCUGGCCCAUCAAUAUGCAUCAAUCAUUCCUUUGCCAAGCCAGCCCUCGACGCCAGAUCUUCUUACAGAGGUGUGACCAAGACUCCAGGGUCCACCGAGAGCCAGAAGCAAGUGGCUCCGACUGAACUUGGAACUCCGAGCUUGCAUUCGAAUGGCAAACCCCUGCCUCCUGUUGGAGCUCAGUCCGUUGCCGUUCGAAGAUCCUUGCGAGCAGCGGGAAAGCAGCCAGUAAGAUCUGAGGUCUCUAUCACCAAUGCAUCAUCGUCUGUACCUCAAGCCAAGACUAAGAGCCAAGAUCAGUGGUGUGAGAGGUGCCAGACAAAACACUUCGCAAGUGCGGCGAACGACACAUUGGAUCCUGUCGACCCUGUCACGUGUAACAAGCCUCACCGUGGUAUCUGUCGAAAGCUUUCCAGCGCUCGUGCAAAGGAUCGCCCUUCGUCGAAAGCUACGGCAAAGCAAGACCAAGCACCCAAGAGGACCAGCAAAAAGCGCAAGGCAGAUGACGCUGACGAUGCGGACGAGGUGAAUGUAAAGGUUGGGGAAUCUACCAGCCAGUCAAUGCUUCUCUCUCGGCCUAAGAAGAAGAGGAAGAGGGAGUCGAAGGAGAAGCGGGAGGCGAAGACGCAAGCGAAGGAUAAGGCGCAGACAGAGUUGAAGGGAAAGAGAAAGGGACCAGUCGGCUCGAAAGGCCAAUGGUAUGAUCCCAUUCCGGUGGAUGAUUAG